AUGUACAUGCCCAGCUCAAGAUGGACGUGGACGUUCCUGAUGAUCGCUCUUUGUCAAGCCGCCAUCGGUCUGGGUCUUGAAGGCUAUGUCUUUGCCAAAUUCCAGAUCUCGCUCAAUCCUGAAGCACGAAAGACGACACAGUCGCGGACCAUUCCCACGUAUCUCGCCUUGUUCAUUUUUGGGUUCAUCUACCAACUCGCGCUCGUCUGGGAUGCUUUGCGGCUCAAGAACACGAUUCAAGUCAUUGGACUUUGUCUUUACAACCUGGGUCUUCUCAUAUACGCGACCGUCCAGUACGACCAGAUUGAUCGCGCAGUUCAGGUCUUGAAUCAGGCUGCAGAGAUCGAACCCAGUUUCGGACACAAUGUAAAGCCUUUCCUGAUCGCAGUACCCUGCGUUCUUGCGCUGGGUACGAUAGCAUUCAGUUUCGUGGCGUGGAAGCUGUAUGACGAAUUUGCCUGGACAAUUUACAAACACAUCUCGGCAGACUUGCGCUUGAAGCGACGUUACCUCGUUUACCAGAUCUACAUUGCCCUGCUCAAGUUCGACUUUUUCUUCUUCCUCGGAUUUACGGUGCAAUUCGUCGUGGUUGUUCGCGAGCAUACUUCUAACAUCGAGUUCGCACUCACCAUUGCGGCCAUUCCCGUCACCAUCGCCAUCUUGCUUGCGGCUGCAUGGUUUACCAGGCGCGAAUCUACAUUGGGAAUGUGUAGCACGAUCGUGCUCUAUUUCGCGGCCAUGGCUUACUUCCUUUUCAAGCUCGUACGCAUGUAUGAUUCGAGCAACCCGGAAAGAGUGGAGGAUUACGAACCUGCGCGCAAGAGUUUGACGACUUUCGCAGUCAUCACGCUCCUGCUGUUGAUCAUGACUAUCAUCAAUUGCGCAUGGUGUACGGCAAACUUCAACAAAGGAUUGAAACCGCACAUUCAACGACGGAGAGUGAUUGGAGACGAGGACAAGGGUUAUCCGUACGAGAGACGGCAUAAUUCUCUAGGUGGAGCACAUGCGAUGGGAGCAGUUCCGUCGAGGAUGACGAUUGACUGA